AUGGCAGGGACUGGGGUGACCUUGUUCAUCGCCCUGUAUGACUACGAGGCCCGAACAGAAGAUGACCUAACCUUCACCAAGGGCGAGAAGUUUCACAUCCUGAACAAUAGUGAAGGUGACUGGUGGGAGGCUCGGUCCCUCAGCUCCGGACAAACUGGCUACAUUCCCAGCAACUAUGUGGCUCCUGUGGAUUCCAUCCAGGCUGAAGAGUGGUACUUUGGAAAGAUUGGAAGAAAGGAUGCAGAGAGACAACUGCUGUCUCCAGAGAACCCACGGGGGGCCUUUCUCAUUCGAGAGAGCGAGACCACCAAAGGUGCCUACUCCUUGUCCAUCAGAGAUUGGGACCAGACCAAAGGCGAUCAUGUAAAGCAUUACAAGAUCCGCAAGCUGGACACCGGCGGUUACUACAUCACCACAAGAGCCCAGUUCGACUCCGUGCAGAAGCUGGUGGAGCACUAUAUGGAGGUGAACGACGGGCUGUGCCACCUGCUUACGACAGCCUGCACCACCAUGAAGCCUCAGACACUGGGCUUGGCCAAGGACGCCUGGGAGAUCAGCCGCGACUCCAUCACUCUGGAGCGCCGGCUGGGUACCGGCUGCUUCGGGGACGUGUGGCUGGGCACGUGGAACGGUAUCACCAAGGUGGCGGUGAAGACACUGAAGACGGGCACCAUGUCCCCGAAGGCCUUCUUGGAGGAGGCACAGAUCAUGAAGUUGUUGCGACACGACAAGCUGGUGCAGCUGUACGCGGUGGUGUCGGAGGAACCCAUCUACAUUGUGACUGAGUUCAUGUGCUAUGGUAGUUUGCUGGAAUUUCUCAAAGACCAGGAUGGCCAGGAUUUGAGGCUGCCUCAACUGGUGGACAUGGCAGCCCAGAUAGCAGAGGGCAUGGCCUACAUGGAGCGAAUGAACUACAUCCACCGUGACCUGAGGGCAGCCAAUAUCCUGGUCGGGGAGCGGCUGGUGUGCAAGAUCGCAGACUUUGGUCUGGCCCGCCUCAUUGAGGAUGAUGAGUACAACCCCCAGCAAGGAGCCAAGUUCCCCAUCAAGUGGACCGCCCCAGAGGCUGCCCUCUAUGGCAGAUUCACCAUCAAGUCAGACGUGUGGUCCUUUGGGAUCCUGCUCACUGAGCUCAUCACCAAGGGCCGAGUACCCUACCCAGGUAUGAAUAACCGGGAAGUAUUGGAGCAAGUGGAGCACGGCUACCACAUGUCGUGUCCCCCAGGCUGUCCAGUGUCCCUGUAUGAAGCCAUGCAGCAGACCUGGCGCCUGGACCCAGAGGAGAGGCCUACCUUCGAGUACCUGCAGUCUUUCCUGGAGGACUACUUCACCUCCACAGAACCCCAGUACCAGCCUGGCGAUCAGCCAUAG